AUGGCCCUCUACAAAGUCCAGGUGACCACUGGCAAGUGGCUGCUUGCAGGGACCUUGGACUCCAUCUAUAUCACCCUGGUGGGGACUGAAGGGCAAAGCCCCAAGCAUCUGCUGGACAAGUUUGGGUUGGACUUCACUCGAGAAGCUGUGAGCGAAUACACAGUGCCCUGUGAGAAACCUCUGGGUCCAAUCCUGCUCAUCCGGGUCAGCAAGGAGCCACACUGCUUCUUACCUGAGAAUAUCUGGUACUGCAACAUCAUCCGAGUGACAUCCCCUGGGGGAGAGACCUACAACUUCCCCUGCUACCAAUGGAUCGAGGGCUACCGCACAUUUGAGCUGCCCGAGGGGACAGCUAAAACUCCUGGUGAUGACACCCAUCCCCUCCUCCAGAAGCAUCGUCGAGAGGAAGUGGUGAGGCGGAAGGAGAGAUAUCAGUGGAAGGAGUACAGCCCUGGGAUACCAUGGUGCGCCAACGUUGACAGUAUUGUGACAGCUGAGUUCAAUCUCCAAUACUCAUUUCCCAAGGCUGCUGCUUUCUAUGGGCGUGGAGGUGCAGCGGCAUUCGAGUCCAAGUUGAAGGGCUACCUGGACUGUCCGUACUCUUGGAAGAAGCUAGAGGACAUCCAGAAGAUUUUCAGUUUCUAUCAGAACAACGUCUCUGAGUAUGUGGCCAAGCACUGGAAGGAAGAUGCUUUCUUUGGGUACCAGUUUCUGAAUGGGGUGAACCCCAUAGUGAUCCAGAAAUGUACAAAACUCCCAGAGAACUUCCCAGUGACCCAGGAGAUGGUGGCCAUAUCCCUGGGGAAGGCCACAAACCUCUCCAAGGAACUUCAGAAUGGGACCAUUUACCUUGCCAACUACAAGAUCUUGGAGGGCAUCAGUGCCACUAAAGUGAAUGAACAGCAGCAGUACAUCGCCGCACCUUUGUGCCUGCUACACCAGAAACCAAGUGGGGAGGUCAUUCCCUUAGCCAUCCAGCUAAGCCAACACCCAGGCCCCGACAGCCCCAUCUUCCUGCCCAGUGACCCCGAGUGGCUCUGGACUCUGGCCAAGACCUGGGUGAGAAACGCUGAGUUCCAUGUCCAUGAAGGCGUGACCCACCUCCUCUGUGGCCACUUCAUCCCUGAAGUCUUUGCUGUGGCUACGCUGCGACUUCUGCCCAUGUGCCAUCCACUGUACAAGCUCCUGACCCCUCACAUGCGCUACAGCAUCCAUAUUACCAUCCAGGCCAGGACCCUUCUCCUCAGCCCAAGAGGUGUGUUUGAUCUGGCCAUAGCAACAGGGCGUGUGGGGCUGGUCGAGGUCUUGAGUAAGGCUCUGAAGAGUAUUUCUUACACCACGCUGUGCCUCCCUGAUAACCUUAAGGCCCGUGGGGUUGAGAACCUCAAGAACUACUAUUUCAGAGAUGAUGCACUGAAGAUCUGGGAGGCUGUGGAGAGCUUUGUCUCUGGUAUCAUUGGAUACUACUACCCUAGUGACACGCUGGUGCAGGAAGACCAUGAGCUACAGGCCUGGGUUGGUGAGGUCUUCACUAAAGGCUUCCUGGGCAGACAGUCCUCAGGCAUCCCCUCCUCCCUGAAGACAAAGGCAGAGUUGACCAAGUUCAUGACCAUGGUCAUCUACACUUGCUCUGCCUACCAUGCCGCAGUCAACAGUGGGCAGUUUGAAAUGGGUACUUUCAUGCCCAACUUCCCAUCCACCAUGAGGAAGCCACCACCUCGGACCAAAGACCCAGUGACCCUGCAGGAGUUUCUGGACACCAUUCCGGCAAUGAACAGCACCAGCCUUGUCCUGUCUGUUCUGUGGGUCCUGCGCAAUGAGAACCUGGAUAUGAGAUCCCUGGGCACAUACCCCGAUGAGCACUUCACAGAGCAGGAGCCGAAGCGGCUGAUCACGGAGUUCCAGUGGCGCUUGGCCAAACUUUCUCAGGAGAUUGGAGAGAGGAACAAGGGCCUGGAUCUUCCAUACACAUACCUGGACCCGCCCAAUAUCGAGAACAGUGCUGCCGUCUGA